AUGGAGCCAAGAAAUGGAUCCCGUAUGCGAAAUCGCAAGACAUCCGAGAUAUGUGCGCAAUGUCGGAACCGCAAGGUUAGAUGCGAUGGUGAUCCUAGAGGCUGUAACAAUUGCAAGAGGCUCAAGUUCAAUUGUUCUCUCCUGGUUGCGGAUCCCGACAACGCGGUAGAGGUAUUGGAAAGACGACGCGUAUCUAGGGCGUGUAUACCGUGUCGCGAUCGCAAACUAAAGUGCUCUGGCCAGAGACCGACAUGUUCACGAUGUUCGGAUCGCGGAAGCCGUUGCCACUACCCUUCAGCCGCAAGAGCUAGCAAUCAUGACUCUGGUCCGUCGCCUGGUGGUGAACACUCGGUUGCAGCGAGCAGCACCCCGUCAGCGCCAGAGUCCGACCGCCAUGAAUCUCAGCAAUCGCAGGCCCAAAGACAACGAAGUGGUCAACCAUCAUCGGACUCGAUGCCAACGCCGCUACAGACGUCACAGUGGGACCUCGGAAUAAACAAGCAAACCGUCAAGCAACACAUCGAUGCCUACUUCGACCUAAUACACCCAAUACCUUGCUACAGUUUUCUCCAUAGAGCGACCCUGUUACAGUCAUGGUCAAAGAACGAGCUAAACCCAUGUGUGCUAUCAGCCAUAUGCGGGAUCACAUCGCGCUUCAUCAACCCAGGCAGCGCUGAACAUAGAACAAUGGCAAAGACAUGGAUCGAAGAUGCAGAGUCACACCUCCUCAGACGAGUUGCCCAGCCUCGACUAUCGGAUAUCGAAGCAUGGCUUCUCGUCACGCUGGACCACUACCUCUCGCAGCGGGUCAGUAAGAUGCUUGUCUCGAUGGCUCUGACAUCGAGGCUAGCCUUUAUCCUUCGACUGAACCACGAAGAUCCGCGUCAGAAGUUCCUAGUACAAGAACGCCGAAGACGACUGAUGUGGGCCAUCUAUAUCAUGGACUCGUUGUAUUCGAGUGGCAAGACGGAGUUCACGGCCUGUACGCCAGAGACUCUCCAUAUCAGGCUGCCAUGCGCAGAAAAGUCGUUUUCCAUGGACGCUUCAGUAAUGACGGUGCCGCUGCACUCGAGUGCACAUGAGGAUGCAUCCAAUAUUGGCCUGCUUGGCUACUGUAUUCGCGUUUUGGACAUUCGCAAUCGCGUGCAAAGACUUACCCUCACGAUCACAAAUCACCGAGAGCCCAUCGACCAAUGCCUGCUCGCAGUAGAGUCGAUCGAAAACGAAUUGCGCCAAUUCUCAGCUAGUUUGCCGGCACGAUAUCAUUGGGACCCAGCAGCUUUCUCUCUGCGGGCCUUUUCGCCUUCGCGUACUCCAUUCCUGAUGCUGCAUGCUUGGUGGCAUCAGACACAUUGCGACCUCUUCCGCUUCACCAUUCCCGGCUUCCGAGAAGGCCUCCCAACUGCUGAGAUAUUACAGCUGUCUCCAGAAUAUACCUCAGCAUGUCGCGAAAAGUGCCUAUAUCACGCUAUAUCCGUGUCCAAGAUGCUCGAAUAUCCCAUGGGUGAUAUACCACAGACGGAGCUUGUCGCUCGGUUGACUGCUUGUGCUGAAGCUCUGGAAGAACAGGCAGUGAUCCUCCCCACAACCGCGAUCUUGAAGAAGGGCCUUUGCGAUCUGGUAAAUGAUGCCCAGCGAGAUCGUCAUGGUCCUUACGCCUGCCCUUCGAUCUGGGAAGAGGAAGAGUCGGAGAGCUACAACGCAACUGGAGCUUCUAGAGACAUUAGUGGUUCUGGGGCCAGAGAAGUGUUUUCCAAGCACAGCGUGACCGAGACAGUUCAGAACCUUCAGUUUCAGCCCGGCGAGCAAGAAGAUGCUGACCACGGAAGAUCAGUACAGCCAGCUGCCGAUAUGGCCUUUGGGAACGAACCAGGAUCUGCACCAGCGGCGAACUUCAUGCCCAUGAACAUCUCGCCAUUGCCCGAACAAGGCACUCAGGAUCAAACGGAGUUUGGCCUAUACCUAGGGGAGGCUGAGCCUCACUUGGACAGUAUCUUUAAUUUCGGACUUCACGGGCAGUACGGCUCUGGACAGCCUGAUGUGUUCAUGGAUUCAUUCUGGCCUCUUGCAGAUACGGAUUGGACCAUGCCAGAUGUCGGUAGUAUGUAA